ACCUCAUACUUCAUAUAUUGUAAGCCUGAACCGGCAUUAGGCUACCUAAAAAUUCUUCCUUCAAUCUAACCGCAGUGCAAAGAAAGCUUACAUCUAUUCAGCAUCUGCCAAUCUGACCUCUGUAUUCUUCACCGGUCCGACGCACGACGUAGAGCUCUUAGGAUGAAGAUUGAAAACGGCCUGCCUUGCUCUCAGCUCCCUGAGGCCCCUCCUCAGACCGGCCUACAGUUUACGGUGGCGACAGAAGAGGACUUUGAUGACAUCAUGGCCAUGAGCAAGGAUAUCUAUGGUGGACUGGACUAUCUGCCCUCCCGCUAUCAAGCCUGGCUGCAAGAGAGCAACCGCACUGUCAUUUUGGCUCGCAAGCAAGGCAAAGUGAUUGCACUGGAGUCAGCGUGUGUUAUUGAUGAUGGUGAGACCAUGCUGGUGGAAGGGCUUCGUGUUGCCCCACAGGAGAGGGGGAAAGGUGUGGCAGGGGUACUUCUUCGGUUUUGCUCUCAAUUGGUUAAGUCCAAGUACCCUGACGUUAAAGUCAGCAGAUUGACAAGAGAUGACCAACUGGGACCAAAAGACUUCCAGAAAUACCGGCUCAUCACCAAACAGGGAAUCCUCCUGGUGCGCUUCCAUGCUGAAGACCUAAAAUUACGCCUUGCUGAUCUUGGGCCUAAUAUCACUAUAUCAGGGGAGAGUCUGUCCACCACAAACAUCCCAGUCCAUUUGGAGCCAGCAGAGGUGCACCAGCUCUUCUUAAGCGAUGUUCUAAUGCAGGGUGUCCUUCCCAAUGCUACCAUCGUUCAAGAUUGGCAGCCCUUCAAGCCUCUGUCUAGCAACAUGGACAUCCUGCUGAAGAAGGACAUUGAUUGGAUGGUUGAUGAUGCCAGGCGCCCAACCAUGGUCAGCUUGUGCACCUUCCCAUUCCAUGUGCCAAUCGGUGAUGACUGGUACUACCUCAACAUCGACAUGUUUGGUAAAGACCUGACACUGGCCAUACAACAGCUGUUGUGCCACCUGAGGCGCCACACUGGCACUCUGAAGGGUUACGUCAUGUGUCAGGUGUUCCUGGAGCCCGCGCUGUGGAAGCCGAUGGCCGAUUUCUUUAGGGAGACCCUUAAAGUGGAGCUGGUGAAAGAGUACACAGAGCAGUGUGUUGUGGAGUCUGAUGUCAUUUAGUCAAGGAGCCUCAGAAACAACUUCCUUAAAAAAUUAGACACCAAACUUACAUAAGAGGAAACAUCUCCUUCAAAUAUGGCACCUAAAAAAACACCUAAAAUAUCUACUUUAAAGGGAUAAAAAAAAAAAUCUGUUCUAUUCCGCUUAAUGAAAAUGCUCUCAUAGGAUUUAAUUUAUUUUAACAGCAAUUAAUUAAUUAAAAUAAAAUGCAUGUAAGUGAACAAAAUAGAAUAAAUGUGGUAGAUGCUUGUUUAGGUUACUUAAUUUAUUUCCAUAUGCAGUACUGUAAACAGUGGCGCUGACAGGACAGGUACUGGAAAAGAGGGAGCAGUUCCAGAUUAUAUAAAAUUAGGGACCCAAAUUGUUCCAGGCCCUUUCAUUUCUGUUAGCAUUGCUGACAGUGAAAGCAUAUUUACUCAUGCUGAGUUGAAAAGAAAACUGCACAAUCUUUAGGGCACUUUAUGAUAAAAAAAAAAAGGUAUCUCACUUUAGUGUCUGUUGCUUUUUCAGAAUGUGGCACUGUAGCUGCUAGAGUAUUUAGAGGGGGGAAAAAACAAGAACAACAUUUGUUUUUUUUUAAAGGGACUUUAUGACAGGCUACCCAUAUGCAAAUCAAAAUGGUCUUUAGAGGCAAUUUUAAUUAACUUGAAAUAACUAACAUUACCACAUUGGGAAAAUGUAAUCUCAGAUUAAUCACCUUUCUGAUUUGCUCCUCGAAAAAAUUGCCUUUAAUAAUAUUUCCUCUAAAAGUACUUUGCAGUGCUUUAAUCUCUGUAUCAAAUGAUAAAUGUCUGGCUGAGAACUUGCUUAUACAUUUAGAUUACAGUCUCAAGUUUUUGCUUUAAGUACUUGAACCUAAAAUUAAUUUCUAUCAGUAUUUGUUAACUAACUGUAGAUUUGAAG